AUACGGGAAAAAUGAACUACACAUGAUGUAUUAUUAAUUGAAAAAAUUCUGGUUUUUAACACAUUUCACCUUGAAGUCACCUCCUCACUGCCUGGUCUGGAAUCAAGCUCUACUAACCAAUCAUUCACAACUUCUCCUAAUAGAGAAGUUCCAAUAACAAAUUCCAACAACAGUUCUCCUGAAAAAGUCGAAGUCAUAAAAAAGAGUGUUCCUUACGCUAUCCUUGUAGGAGUAGGAAUGCUUUUUCUUCUUUUUAUUGUCAAUCUGAUAUCAGUCAUACAAAGAAGAAAAGACCAUCAUGUUAUUCAGAGCUAUCUCUUGUCUUUACAUACUCUUUUACCGUUCCUUCGUAACUAUGCCGAAAUCGCUAUUGACGAGGAAGAUCCAAACAGGAAAAAGUCUUCACAAGGCAAAGUCUUUGGAAACCAUAUAGAAGAGUACGAUGAAAUCGAAAUUGUCGCCCGUAGAUCUAAAACGAACGAGGCUAAGGAUACCAAGCGUGUGUCUGAAGCUGAGCAUUCCAAGAAAGUGGAGGAGGAAAAGAAGGAAGAAGAAGAAAAGAAAAACAGAAGUAACGUGUAUUCUCUGCAGAAAGAAAUAUUCAGUAGUGACCUCUAGAAUUUUCUUUCGAUUGAUUUUUUUAAGUAAAAAGUGUGAAAUUUAAAUCUACAUUUGAUAAAGAGAUAAUAAUGUAUAAGAGAUGACAGUGACUUUUCUUGGCACAGUUACGUCACCGUUUAUUUAGUAGGCCAUUUGACUUUCUGCUUAAAAUUUAAACUGCAAGUCAGACUUCAAGGUUAAUGACGAAUUAAAACUUUAUGUUUAGAUUUCCUGGUCU